GAAUGAAAUUAAACAAAGGUUCAAAUCCAAACGAAAUGACGAGAGGGAAAUGAAAGGAAUUUGAUUGGUGAACAGUGAGGAGCUGCGAGGGCAUCGAAAAUGGAGAUUUCAGAGCUCUGAAAAUCGGUGGAAGAGAAGUUAAUAAUGCAGGGGACCAACUUCUCUGCAAUCUGACUGCUUUCUGGCGUAAAAUGGUUGAAAGAACGGUCAAUGCGGUCGGCAAACGAUUUAUUUUGAUGGAAAAUGUAUGCUAAGACUUUAAGCUAAAGUGAGAAGUGGAGACUGGUAGAUCGCGUUGUUUAUACGUAGGCGUUGGUGUACAAUGAGGUGCGGAGUAUGAUAUGUGGAGGUUUUGUAUUUUCGAGCGAGGCUUCUGUUUGGAUAUUUGAAGGGAAUAUGUGCACUUUUGGGGUUUUUUUUCCUUCGUGAUCAGAGGGGAAAUGCAGCGGUUUGAGGGUUUGUGAGCUGAUAAGAGCUGCUGAGGUGAUGGAGAUGAUGAGAUUUCGCAGAAUGGAAUAAGUUUGGGUCUCUCUCUGCAGCGCCAGGAUAUGGCAGAUUCAUUAUCCAGUGGUCAGCGUUUCCGGAGAAUUUCCAGAUUAUCUUUUACUGCAAACUCAGAGCUUGAUCCUUUGUUGAGCGAAAACCUGGAGCAGUGGCCUUAUUUAAAUGAAUUGGUGCAAUGCUACAAGGGUGACUGGGUGAAAGACGAAAACAAAUAUGGGCAUUAUGAAAGUAUUCCAUCUAUAUCAUUUCAAAGUCAAAUUUUUGAAGGGCCAGAUACAGACAUAGAAACAGAGCUACGGCUAGCCAACAUAAGGCAAGGGAGGAAUGAGGAUGCUACUGAUGAUGAUGAUCCUAGUACAUCAGGGAGACAUUCAUCAGACACGAGUUCAUCAGAGGGCACAUUUACAAGGACCUCUCAAAAGCAUUUUGGUGCCUCUCCUUUACCUGCUUAUGAACCAGUUUUUGAUUGGGAGAAUGAGAGAUCCAUGAUAUUUGGACAAAGAACACCAGAAAUUCCACCAAUGUUGUUAUGUAGCAGUGGACUCAAGAUAUCUGUCAAAGUUUUAGCAUUGGUCUUUCAAGCUGGAUUUGUUGAGCCAUUUUAUGGUACAAUAUGCUUGUAUCACAGAGAGAGAAGAGAAAAGCUGUCUGAGGAUUUCUACUUCCAGUUCUUACCCAAUGAAAUGCAAGAUGGCACAGUGCCCUCACAACACCGUGCUAUCUUUUCUUUAGAUUCACCAUCUUCAUCUGUCUGUUUACUCAUUCAAUUGGAAAAGCCUGCUACUGAAGAAGGAGGAGUCACACCUUCUGUAUACUCUCGCAAAGAACCUGUCCAUUUGACGGAAAAGGAGAAGCAGAAACUGCAAGUGUGGGCUCGGAUAAUGCCAUACAAAGAAGCUUUUGCUUGGGCGGUUGUUCCUUUGUUCGAGAGCCAUGCUGGUGGAGGUGUUGGUGGAACUGCCUCUCCAAGCAGUCCACUUGCUCCCAGCAUAUCUGGGUCAAGUUCACAGGAAAAUGGCCUUGACCUUAUUGGGAGAACAGCAUCUGAUGGAAGAAUGACCCAUUACCUGAGUGGCUCUUGUGUGAUCGUUGAGAUACCAAACUUGAAUAGGGUUAAAGAAAGCUAUAUUGAGGAGUUGCUCCAGGAUCCCAAGAGGAAAAUUCAUAAACCAAUUAAAGGUACUCUUAGAUUGGAAGUGGAAAAGCUCAAAUCCACUCAUCUUGAUGCUGAUAAUGUUUCUGAAACUGGUAGCCUAAGUGCCGAUUCCAAUGAUGCCGGGGAGCGGCUUGGAGACACAGGAAUGUUAAAAAGCGUUGCGAGAUCAUACAAUGGUAGUAUGAAGUGGAGUGUUCAUGAAGGAAGGGAUAUCAUUCGAAACAGUUCAAAUGUAAACCAAGGAAGUGCGCCUGAGAGUGGGAAUGAUGAUAUCUGGGCUUUGGAUUUUCGAACAUUGACAAAGAAUGAACCCUUUUCACAGCUUUUGCAUUGCCUAUUUGUAUAUCCUUUAACAGUUAGUUUGACUCGAAAGCGUAAUAUUUUCAUAAGAGUUGAGUUGCGGAAGGAUGAUGUGGACAUCCGUAAACAAUCACUAGAGGCUAUCUAUCCAAAAGAUGGAAGUGUGUCAUUUCAGAAAUGGACUCACACUCAGGUAGCUGUUGGUAGUCGGAUAGCAAGCUAUCAUGAUGAAAUUAAGCUUUCACUUCCAGCCAUUAUUACUCCUCAACACCAUCUUCUCUUUACAUUUUAUCAUGUGGAUCUUCUUACAAAGCUUGAAGCUCCAAAGCCAGUUAUUGUGGGUUAUGCUGCUCUUCCACUGUCUACACAUGUGCAGUUGCGUUCAGAUAUAACACUGCCAAUUUUGAGAGAGUUGGUACCACACUAUCUACAAGAAAAUGUGAAAGAGAGGCUGGAGUAUUUGGAAGAUGGAAGGCUAGUUUUCAAGUUGCGUCUAAGAUUGUGCUCAUCGUUGUAUCCAAUGCAUGAGCGAAUUCGAGACUUUUUUCUAGAAUAUGAUCGACAUAUCCUUCGAACAAGCCCUCCUUGGGGUUCUGAGCUUCUUGAGGCCAUUAAUAGCUUGAAAAAUGUUGAUUCUACUGCAUUGCUGCAGUUUUUACAGCCUACCAUAAAUAUGCUUCUGCAUCUUAUUGGGGAUGGUGGUGAAACCCUUCAGGUGGCUGCCUUUCGUGCUAUGGUUAAUAUUUUGACAAGGGUACAACAGGAAUCAUCUGAUGGAGCUGAGCGAAAUCGGUUUCUGGUACAUUAUGUUGACUAUGCUUUUGAUGACUUUGGUGGCCGACAACCUCCUGUGUAUCCAGGCUUAUCAACUGUUUGGGGAAGCUUGGCUAGGAGUAAGGCAAAGGGUUACCGUGUUGGCCCUGUUUAUGAUGAUGUGCUAUCUAUGGCAUGGGUCUUUUUAGAAUUUAUCGUGAAAUCUAUGGCAUUAGAGCAAGCACGACUCUUCUAUAAUAGCCUUCCUGCAGGCGAGGAUAUACCACCUUUACAAUUGAAGGAUGGAGUUUUUAGAUGUAUAGGACAGCUAUAUGAUUGUUUACUAACAGAAGUACAUGAGCGCUGCAAGAAAGGACUGAGCUUGGCUAAACGGCUAAACAGCAGUUUAGCGUUUUUUUGCUACGAUCUCUUGUCAAUCAUAGAGCCGCGCCAAGUUUUCGAUUUGGUAGCACUUUAUAUGGACAAAUUCACAGGUGUUUGCCAGGCAGUUUUACAUGACUGCAAACUUACCUUUUUGCAAAUUAUUUGUGAUCAUGAUCUUUUUGUGGAGAUGCCUGGACGAGAUCCUUCAGAGAGGAAUUAUCUUUCCUCUGUUUUAAUACAGGAGUUGUUCCUUACUUGGGAUCAUGAUGAUGUGACCCAACGUGCUAAAGCUGCUCGCAUCUUGGUGGUUCUUAUGUGUAAACAUGAAUUUGAUGUUCGGUAUCAAAAGCAAGAGGACAAACUAUACAUUGCACAACUUUAUUUUCCCCUUAUCGGACUGAUAUUGGAUGAGAUGCCAGUAUUCUACAAUCUAAGCACAGUUGAAAAGCGUGAAGUCCUAAUCUGUAUUAUGCAGAUAAUUAGAAAUUUGGAUGAUUCAUCACUUAUCAAGGCUUGGCAACAGAGUAUUGCCAGGACAAGACUCUUUUUCAAGCUUCUAGAAGAAUGUCUUAUUCUUUUUGAGCAUAGAAAAUCAGCUGACGGCAUGGUCAUUGGUAACUCCAGGAGUCCAGAUGUUGAAGGACCUGUUUCACCCAAAUAUUCUGACAGGCUUUCCCCUGCAAUUAAUACUUAUUUGACAGAGGCAUCUCGACAAGAAGUUAGACCACAGGUGACACCAGAAAGUGGGUAUUUGUGGCAAAGGAUGAGUCCUCAAUUAAGCUCUCCCAGUCAGCCAUACUCUUUGCGUGAGGCAUUAGCUCAAGCACAAUCAUCCCGGAUAGGGGCCUCUAGCAGAGCAUUAAGAGAGGGUCUCCAUCCAAUAUUGAGACAAAAACUAGAGCUUUGGGAGGAGAACAUAAGUGCAGCUGUUAGUCUUCAGAUCUUGGAGAUAACGGAAAAGUUUUCUGGAGCAGCUGCUGAUCACAAAAUUGCCACUGACUAUGGAAAGCUAGAUUGUGUUACAGCUAUAUUUAUGGCCUUCCUUUCACGAAGCCAACCUUUGGUCUUUUGGAAAGCCUUUUUACCUGUAUUUAACAGUGUGUUUAACCUUCAUGGUGCAACACUAAUGGCAAGGGAGAAUGAUCGCUUUUUGAAGCAGGUGGCUUUUCACCUACUUCGUCUUGCUGUUUUUCGUAACGAUUCCAUCAGGAGAAGAGCUGUUGUAGGCCUUCAGAUUCUUGUGCGGAAUUCUUUCUAUUAUUUCCAAAACACAGCACGGUUGCGAGUUAUGUUGACAAUUACUUUGUCAGAAUUGAUGUCCGAUGUACAAGUUACACAGAUGAAAUCUGAUGGCUCUUUAGAAGAAAGUGGGGAAGCCCGUCGUCUUAGAAGAUCUCUUGAAGAAAUUGCAAUAGAAGAAAGAAGUGCUGAUUUUCUAAAAGACUCUGGUAUAAAUGAGAAUGCAUUAGAUGCUGUUCCAGAGGGUUCUACACAAAAUCAUUGGUCAUGGUUUGAAAUUAAAGAAUUGUCUGUCACACUUCUUAGAGCACUUGAUGCAGGAAUAGAGCAUGCUCUCUUGGCUCCCAUGAUGUCAUUAGACAGAUAUGCUGCAGCAGAGGGUUUUCACAAACUGGCUUGGGCUUAUGCACAUGUGCCUGACCUUCAUAUUAUGUGGCUACUUCAUUUAUGCGAUGCUCAUCAGGAGAUGCAAUCUUGGGCAGAAGCUGCACAAUGUGCUGUAGCAGUUGCUGGGGUCAUUAUGCAGGCACUAGUUGGACGAAAUGAUGCUGUGUGGAGCAAAGAACAUGUAACAGCUUUGCGUAAGAUCUGUCCAAUGGUCAGUAAUGCGGUUAUUGGUGAAGCAUCAGCUGCAGAAGUUGAAGGAUACGGGGCAUCAAAAUUGACUGUUGAUUCUGCUGUAAAAUAUCUGCAACUUGCAAAUAAGUUAUUUGCCCAGGCUGAACUUUAUCACUUUUGUGCCAGCAUUCUUGAGCUGAUUAUUCCUGUUUAUAAAAGUAGAAGAGCAUUUGGGCAGCUAGCUAAGUGUCAUACUUCUCUUACAAACAUUUAUGAAUCAAUCCUUGAGCAGGAAUCUAGUCCGAUUCCCUUUACUGAUGCCACUUACUAUCGGGUUGGAUUUUAUGGUGAUCGCUUUGGGAAAUUGGAUAGAAAGGAGUAUAUAUAUAGGGAGGCUAGAGAUGUACGAUUAGGGGAUAUAAUGGAGAAGCUUAGUCAUAUUUAUGAAUCAAGACUGGAUAGCAGUCAAACUUUGCAUGUGAUUCCAGAUUCUAGACAGGUUAAUGCUGAUGAACUGCAGUCUGGAGUUAGCUACUUGCAGAUAACAUCAGUUGAUCCAGUUAUGGAAGAUGAAGAUCUAGACAGUAGAAAGGAAAGGAUCCUUUCUCUUUCAUCUGGAACUGUGCGAGGUCGAGUGUUUGACCGCUUCCUUUUUGACACGCCAUUUACAAAAAAUGGGAAAUCUCAAGGUGGACUGGAAGAUCAGUGGAAGAGACGAACUGUUUUACAAACUGAGGGCUCUUUUCCAGCUCUGGUAAAUCGACUUUUAGUUGUAAAGUCAGACUCUCGUGAGUUUUCUCCCAUAGAAAAUGCAAUUGGAAUGAUAGAAACAAGAACUACAGCAUUGCGGAAUGAACUUGAAGAACCUCGCAGCUCAGAGGGUGAUCAGCUCCCACGUUUGCAAAGUCUUCAAAGGAUUCUUCAAGGCAGUGUGGCUGUUCAGGUAAAUAGUGGCGUCCUUGGUGUUUGUACAGCAUUCUUGUCUGGGGAGCCUGCCACUCGACUUAGAUCACAGGAGUUACAGCAACUAAUUGCUGCCCUGCUAGAGUUCAUGGCUGUCUGUAAACGAGCAAUUCGAGUUCACUCUAGAUUGAUUGGGGAGGAGGAUCAGGAUUUCCACACACAGCUUGUGAAUGGAUUUCAGUCACUUACUGCAGAGCUGUCCCAUUAUAUUCCUGCCAUUCUUUCAGAGCUAUGAUGUCCAAAAUCUUUUUGUUUGUAUUACAUCUGAUAAAUUUUGCUUGCUGUAUUUUUUACCCGCUCUUUCCAGGAGGGUCGAAUGUGUCAACCUCCAAAGCGGUUGUAAAAUUUUGUAAUAUUUAGCAUUUUCAUGGUGUGGUCUCACCAGAAAAUAGUAGUUUCUGAAAGGUUGUGUUAUAUUAAUUUCCUUGGGUUUGUUAUCCCUGUUAUUUGUAAAAUUCAUUAGAGUUUAUAAUGGCUUGGCAAUUUGGUUUUU